AUGGGAAUUAGUGAUCGAUUGUCACGUGCUUUACAAAAAAAGGAUCAAGACAUUGUUAAUGCGAUGAAUCUUGUUAAUGUGACAAAAAACAUGUUAAGAUCUAUGAGAACAGAUGGAUGGGAAUCUUUUUUACAAGAGGUUACUUCGUUUUGUGAGAGUCACAAUGUUGUUGUUGUUGAUAUGAGCUCAAGUUUUGUUGAUCCUAGACGAGUUUUACGCAAGUCCGAGGUGUUAACAAAUCUACACCACUACCGCAAUGACAUGUUCAUAGAUAUUUUGGAAAGACAAGUUCAAGAGUUAAAUGACCGGUUUGAUGAAAUUGAUACUGAAUUACUUUUCGGUAUGUCAUGUCUUGAUCCUCAAUACUCAUUUUCUGCAUUUGACAAGGAGAGAUUGGUAAAUUUUGCAAGAUUGUAUCCGUCUGAAUUCUCACCCGUUCAUAUUAUGGAACUUGAAUGGGCACUUCCUACCUACUUUCAAGAUGUCACACAUGAUGAAAGAUUUGUGGGUCUUGAUGGAAUUGCGGAACUUGGUAGAAAAAUGGUUGAGACAAGAAAACAUUUGAUUCAUCCUUUGGUUUAUUUACUUAUCAAAUUGUCUCUACUUUUACCGGUCGCAACAGCUGGAGUGGAAAGAGCAUUUUCUGCUAUGAAUAUUGUCAAGACUCGGCUUCGUAAUAGGAUUGGGGAUGAAUGGUUAAAUGAUCUCUUGGUAGCAUAUAUUGAGCGAGACAUUUUCUUAAGCGUGAAGACUGAAGAUGUACUUCAAAGAUUCCAGAAUAUGAAAUCUCGCAGGGGAGCACUGUAA